AUGAGUCAACCGAAUCUUUACAUCCUUGCCGCCGACAACCCCUCGGCUGUUCUCAGUCACCUCAGAUCAGAUUCAUCGCGCGCUUCGAACCAGGACGAGCAUGGCUAUUCCCUUCUCCACGCUGCCGCUUCCUACGGACACAUUGAGCUGCUCCGUGCACUUGUGCAGGAGUUUCACGUCGAUCCCAACCUGACCGACGAAGAUAACGAAACAUGUUUAUUCGUGACGGAACAGUUGGACAUUGCGAAAUGUCUCGUGGAAGAGCUCGGCGUUGACGCCAAACACACAAAUGACGAGGGAUUCACGGCCCAGGAAAUGAUUGAAAGCGAAGGGUCGUUCAUGGAUGUUGCCGCCUAUCUCGGAGAAGUCACUGGAAAUCGAAGAACGGAAGCGCAAUUGCAAGCACUUCGGGACGUACAUCCUCCGCCACCCCUUCCACAUAAUAUCAGCGUCAAUCUAGGCACCAUGUCUCAACAAGAUGUGGACGGCGAGGCGGGCGAAGUUGAUCAUGAAUUCCGGAGAAGGAUUGCCGAAUUGGCUGCUAGAGAAGACUUUCAUACCGAAGCAGGUCAGAACCAAUUACGCGCCUUGGUCACAGAUGCGCUUAGAGGCGUUGGGGCACAGACUCAGGACAGAGAUGUACGACGAAGGACCGAGUGA